CGUACAAUCAGGAACGGAUGCUAUCGUGUUCGCUUUACCGGCGUUCCUCCCGAAGCAACUGCACCUCAUGAGUGCAGAUUUCACGUUCAGCUAGCUGUUUCCCCAAUUGUAAUUUAAAGUGCGAUUAUCCUUUGAAUCGGACCGAAAUGUUGUGUUUAGGUGGGUUUUCGGUGGCCCUCGCCUUGGCUCUAGUGCCUGGAAGCACGGAUGCGCUGAAGGAGGGAGAAUGUGAAGUGUGUGUGAGCUUUCUGGGAAAAUUUUACGAUUCAUUGAAGGAGAAUGAUGUAAAGUUCAUCAAUGCUGAUAUAGAGAAGGCCCUGAUGAAAACCUGCAAAGAUGCCAAGGGCAAAGACAACCGUUUUUGUUAUUACAUUGGGGCAACAAGUGAUGCAGCUACCAAGAUAAUCAACGAGGUAUCCAAACCACUGAGCUACCAUGUUCCAGUUGAAAAGAUUUGUGAAAAACUCAAGAAAAAAGACAGCCAGAUCUGUGAACUAAAAUAUGACAAACAGUUGGAUCUGAGCACAGUGGAUUUGAAAAAGCUCAAAGUGAAAGAUUUGAAGAAGAUCCUGGAAGAAUGGGGAGAAUCAUGUAAGGGCUGCGCAGAAAAGUCUGACUUCAUCCGCAAAAUCACAGAGCUCAUGCCCAAGUAUGCACCUUCAGCUGCCAAAGCACGGACAGAACUGUGAUGAUGGAGCUGUAACUCUGGACUUGCCUUGGAUGUAUUUAGUGAUGUGGAGAUUCACAAGAGGAGAGACAUUGUUUGAUGUUUUCAUCGGUCAGUUUCUUUUUCGCCAUGUCAUUUUUUUCAAGUUUAAGUUUAUUGAUUUUAAUAGAAUUAUAAACUUUUUCUGAAAAUAUUGGUCUUUUGGUCACAGCUGUCUUUCAAUCACCAUGUAGUGUUUGAUUUUGACAGCUCAACAAAAUAAUUGCAAUAUCGUGUAAACACCUAAUGGGAAAUAUUUGACUUAAUGAAACAGUGGUCUUUUGAGACAGAACUGCACUUUUAAAAUAGGCACACAUGAUGCCAUCUUGUCUGUCUUUACUCUGGAAGUUUUCUCCCAUUUAAAAUGCAAAAUGUGCUUUUUGUGUCCUUGCAUGAUGAACUGGUUCAUCUGUGGCUGCCGGGCAGGUUUUGCAUUUUAGAUGUAACGACACAUCUAUUUUGCCGAGCUUGUUUAUGAUAAAUGAUGAAUAUUUUAUCCAUUUAAAAGCUUCCUAUGGUUUUAGUUAACAAGGAAGAAAUAAAAUUCAAAUUAUAGUUUUUUUUACUCAGAGGUUUUUCAGCUCCCUUGGGUCUUUCAGAAGGGCUGCAGUUUGGCUAUUAUGUCACCUGGCUUUCUGUCUUUUACAGAAAGCAAAAGCACUUUAGUGUUGCAAUAGGUCAACAGCCCUUUACAUUUUGUUUGUUGUAUACAGGAUUUUUUUUUUUUUUGUGGGAUAUUAAAACAAACAUUUCAAAACUCCAGUCCAAUAUUCCUCUGUCCUUUUAUUUGUCAUAACCACUGUAAUAUAGAUUUGGCUAUGCACAUUGUGCACAUUUAAAAUGUACAAUAUCUUCUGUAGAUGGGGUCAUUUAUAUUAAAAAAAAAAUUAUAAUAAUAAAAUGUGAAAACUCUCA